AUGCUCGGCUAUUUUAUAUCUAUUCUUCAACCCGUCUUCAUUUUGAUUUUUGCAUUUCUAUUUUUCGUUGCUGUCAUUCUUCCAAUUCUAGUUCUUCUUUUCCCGCAUUAUAUUCAAUUUAUAUUCUUCCUGAACUUUCGUGGGUUUUUGAACAUUUUUGAAAUUCAAAACAAAUACAUUUCCAAUUUUAUUCAGGUCGUCUACCAAACACAGAUUAUAAUGAUAUAUCAGCAAAUGAUGUUAAUGCUGUUGGGAGAAGUUUUUAUAUCCCAGGAAAAGCGGGAAAAAUCGGUGUUUGGCAUAUGCUUCCACGCGAUUUAUCAUUAGAAUAUCGAUCAAAAGGAGUUCAUCCAUCAGAUGAGGAAAUGGAGUCAAGUUUAGCUGAUUCCAAAUAUAAGUUAGUUGAUUAUCAAAUCGGAACAAGGAGCAACUAUUUAAAAUCAAUAUUUUUUGCAGAAUAAUUUUCUACGCGCACGGAAACUCAUUUGAUAGAACAUUUUAUCAUAGAGUAGAAUUGUAUAAUGUUUUGAACAACUCAAAUUAUCACGUAAUAUGUUUUGAUUAUCGAGGAUAUGGAGAUUCACAAGGAACACCAACUGAACAUGGUAUAAUUCAAGAUGCACAUACUGUAUAUUCUUACUUGAAAUCACACUCGAAAAAUAAUACUGUAAUUGUAUGGGGUCAUUCUAUGGGAACUGGGUGAGUUUUUAAAUCUGAGAUUUUAGGCAGUAUUUCGAGAAAAAAAUUUUCAGAGUCUCUUGUAAAUUAGUGAAAGAUCUAUGUUUGGCUGAAAAACCUCCAAAUGGUUUGGUAUUAGAAUCACCAUUCAAUAAUUUACGGGAUGCAAUUACAAAUCAUCCAAUAUUUUUGAUAUUCAAAUGGAUGAAUGAUUUUCUUGUCGACAAUGUUAUUAUAAAACCAUUGAAUAGUGUUGGAUUAAGAAUGGAAUCUGAUCAAAGAAUAACACAGUAAGAUUUUUCUUUUUAUUUUUUUUUGAAAAAUUGAAAAUAAUCGUUGAGAGUUUUAUAGCAUCAGUUGUCCAAUUUUGAUUCUACAUGCACAAGAUGAUCGAGUUUUACCGGUGAAAUUAGGAAGAGCGCUUUACGUAAGUUAUUUUCUUUUUUUUCUUCUCAAAAAAAUCAAAUUUUCAGAAAGCAGCCAAAAAAUCUGAUCGAAAAGUCGAGUUUCGAGAAUUCGAUUCAGUUCACAAUUUUGGUCAUAAGUUUAUUUGUCGAUCUCCCGAACUUCCGGAAAUUAUAAGUCAGUUUACAAAGAGCUUGGAAAUCAAAUAA